UUUUUUAACCAUUAAAGAUAUUUAAUCAAUAGUAAAAAAAAAUUUCCCUUAAAAUUCCAGGAUCACAAAGCUUUCUUUUUACCAAUCUAAUAUUCCACAAAUUCUCCCAUAGAAAAGAAUAGGAGGAAACCUACCUCAACGAACAUAAUCUGUACAUCAGACUCCAACAAGGCUAACAGAAGAAAGGAAAACUGGAUGCCAGUUUCCUUACUGUACAUACAACACAUCUAAUAAAAAUAUUAUCAACUGAUCCAGUAACACUAUUAAGUGUACCUUGCUGUCCUUUUCACUACCUAUAUUCCAUGUGACUUAUAUAAUUAGGAAAAGUAAGAAAAAUAAUUUAAAUUGAGCAGGACAAACAAACAUGUAACAGAGACAGCUAGUAUUACUCGCUCAGUCGUGUCCUACUCUCUGCGACCCCAUGGGCUGUAGCCCACCAGGCUCCUCUGUCCAUGGAAUUCUCCAGGCAAGAAUACUGGAGUGGGUUGCCAUUUCCUUCUCCAAAGAUAAUUCUUAAUAUCUAGUUCCCAGUCCAAAUUCAAAUUUCUGCCAUCAAGGUAAAGAUUUUUCAAACCUGGCUCAGUUACCAUGAAUGUUUCCCCUGGUGUGAGUGUGGAGUUAGGAGGUCUUGGGUUGGGACUUGGAAGUCUAACUCCUGGGCCCUCUGGGGCUAAUGCUCUCCCUUGUGAGUAUCAGAAACAUCCUUCCUACUUUCUGGGCCUUAGUCUCCCCAUCUGUGCUCUGAGAUGGCUCACGCAGCUGGUCUCCCAUGCCCCAUCCCACUGCAGCAGGCUGAAUGCAUUGGUCUUCCUCUUUGUGCUUCUGUGGCUGCUGCAGGGAGCAUUGGAAGAGGUCUCCUGGGUGGGAGACCCUUUUCGGUGGCGGGGGCGGGGAAUCAGAGGUCAUGGUGGCAUCAGAUGAGGGUUCUUAGAGGCACAAGGGCUGCUCUGGGCCCUUCCAGGAUAUAGAAUUACUGGGCACAAAUAACUGUCUCAUUUCAACGUGCAGUAACUGGAGGUCCCCAAAUGGUAGUCCAUGGCUGGAUUCAGAUCCAGGUGGGUCUGGUGUGCACCACACAGUACAAGGGGAGAAAACUGGGGGAGCCCACACACACGGUUCCAGAUUUCCUGCUUCUCCUGGAAGAUCUCACGGCAAUUGCCUGGCACUCAGCAGCAGAACUCUCUCUAAACCUUGCCACAGUCCCCACCACUCCCUAUUGCCUCUUCAACUUUUCUACUUAUCGCUGUGCUUGCUCUACUGUAUCUUUCUUUAUUAUGCUGAGAAACAAUUCUAUGAAUCUGUGUCCAUUGCAAAAAUGGGAAAACAACAAGCUAGAGCAAGACAGCCAUGUGGUUUUUCUACACCCUGGAGGCAAUGAGAGGGAAAAGUGGAAGAGGGUUAGGGGGAACCCUUGGUGAGCAGCCAGCAGCUUGCAAAUGAAUCCUGGGGAAGGAACGGGUUAAACAGUUUAAAUAGAAGCUCAGGAGUUUCCAGCUCAACUGGGCAGCAAACAGCGUCUCUGGUCCCCCAUGGAAUCCACCCUGAGGCCCUGAAGGAGUUGAGACUCCUGAGCAGAGAAGCCCGGCAAUCCACCUACCCACACUGCUCAGCUAAAAGAGCAGCUUCUGUUCUGGGCCAUCCAGAACAUGGGCUGUGUGUCAGGCACCUGACCUGCACUAGCUCCCUGAACCCUCUUUUAAGCCCGGGAGGCAGGUGCUGCUCAUUGAGCACCAACUAUGUGCUUGACUCAUUCAACUGAGACAUAUGCAUUAAGCGCCUACUAUGUCCCAGACAGAGAAGGAAAUGGCAACCCACUCCAGUAUUCCCACUGUUCUCAGUACUAGGUCUACAAGAAGUGUCCACAUUCUGUACAGAAAGGAUGGGAUACGUCAAGGGGCCCAAAGGUGGGUGAUAUCCAGGCAUGACUUCCUCCCUGAUUCUCUCAAAGUUUCAAGGGAGAGAGAGACGGGACAGGACGUGGGAUUGGUGGUGGGGUCUGUGAGCAAAGAAUGAGCAGGUUUUGAGGAACUCCUGUGGUGAGAAUCAAGGCUCCCAGGAGGAUCAGAAGAGCUGCCUCCGUAUCUGAACCAGGAAGGGCGGGCAGUGGUCCGCCGAAUGGGCCGGAGCUGCGGAUGAGAGGGUCAAGCCCGGCAUCCCUGUCCCCCACGGUCUGGCGGUGCCUCAAAUCAGUGAGAGUGUCAGUGGGCGAGGCUAGAGACCACAGACCCCAAAAUAGAGCCUCCUCCGCCCUGCUGGCCUCUGGCUGAGUCACCCUGGAAUGUGACUGGGGCCUGAGUUGGAUUCCAGGCCCGUGGGCUGAAGGAACCGCUGGCACCUCAAGGGUCAGACGCCCGGGCCCCCAGCUUCCUGCCUUUGUCUGCACCUCCUCGGGACUUUACUGGGGAAAGAUGACUGACGCCAGCAAUAACAACGGGCUCUCUGGGGAGCUCCGGUGGCAGUCUGAGCGAAAGGAUGGAAAGGAAGCCCCACCCACUCCCCAAAAUAUGUCUUGGGCGAAAACCUCCUGCAUCUGGGCAGGUCGCUGAAACCUCUCUGUGUCUCAGUCUCUUCACCGGAAAAGUGGGGGUCCACGUGGCCACUUGGGGUGAAUUGGGGCCAGGGUUGGAUAAAGACUGUGGGCUCCGUAACCAGGCCUGCCUGGAUUAGAGACCUAGACCCUCCACGGUGGGCCCUCGGGCAAGUGGCUUAGCCCCUUCUGGGCCUCAGUUUCAUCUGCUGUAAAAUGGGCUUGAUAGGAAUACUUCCUUCUGCAAAGAAUACUGAAAGGUUGUUGCUGAACCACGAAAAGAUGCUGAUAUCCUUGCCCUCUGGAGGAGAAUUCAAUCCGGGGCCAGAGACGAGGCUUGAUCGCUCAGAGCUUUUGUGUAAUAAAGUUUUAUUAAAGUACCCAGCAAUUAGACCGAUUGUGGAAUGCAAAGUAGCAAUGAGCCCAGGACGGGAAGGCAUUGCCUGGAGGGUCAAAUGGCAGACUCAGGACUUUUGGAGUCAGCAGAAGUAGGCUCACAUAGAUUAUCAGGCCCAUCUGAAAAGUACAAAGUCAGAGCAAAGACAUAAAAUGACGCCACUUAUUUCUGGUCAGGGUGCCACCUCUUAACUCGAGUGUGAUGCACCCAUGAAUCAAUUCCUGGCACUUUGACAGCAGUGGGAGAAGAAAGAAUAACCUGGUAAGGGCCUUCCCAGAGGGGCCCAAGCGAUUGGCCCCUAGAUCCCAAUGUUUUUAUCAGGACCUCGGUUCCUGGCUCAGAUAGAGGCUUGCUCGACUCAGACUGGGUCAGGAGUCAUCUCCCGGAGUUCAGUUAGUGCCUGUUGGAAAGCUGAGAGCUGAGUUACAUGAUUAGCUAAUUCUAAAGCUUUAGGAAAACUUUUCCAUUGAGCAAUUUCAGGAAUUACUAAUCGUCCAUCCUCGGACUGUAACCAUCCUUUAUCAGUCAUCUUUGCUCCUCUUAUCUCAUAUCUUUCUAAUUCUUCCUCAGUGUACUGUGGUUUUUCCUGUUUACAGUACCUGUCCAGAUCAAAGGCAUCUGCAGCAAGGGGUUUCGUUCUGGCUUGACAGCCAGCCAGCUGAUUACCUUUGGCUUCUUUACUCGCAUCCCUGCUGUGCCCUUUGCAAUGCAUAAUAGCUACUUCUUUAGGACAAUAUAUAGCAGUUAAAAGUCUCUGGAUCUCUCUGAAAUGCUUAAUAGGUUCUCCUGUUGCCAUUUUAAAUUCUUUCUUUCCAUGUAGCAGCAUGAGCAUGUAAAAUCAAAUAAGCAUACUUAGAAUCAGUAUAUUUACCCGCUGCCCUUUGCUUAACUCUAGAGCUCAGGUCAGAGCCACAAGCUCCGCUAGCUGAGCGCUGGUUCCCUGGGGGAGAGAUUUUGCUUCUAAAACCUGUUCAGCCAUCACCAUGGCAUAACCUGCUUUACGCUUCCCCUCCCAAACAGAAGAACUGGCAUCUGUAAAUAUUUCCAUGUCAGGAUUGUCUAACAGGGUAUCCAUUAGAUCUUCCCGAGCUGCAUAAAGUUAGGAAUUGGGAAAAUCGUGAUCAGGUGUUUCAUUUUCCUUCUCAGGAAGGAAAGUGGCAGGAUUUAAAUUUACGCAAACUUUAAGCUUAGUUACUGGUCCUUCUAACAACAAUGACUGAUAUUUAAGAAGCCUACUGUCUCUCAUCCAAGUAUUAACCUUAGAAUUUAAGAUUCCACUCACAUCAGGAGAAGUCAGUUCAGUAAGGUUUCGUCCAUUAAUUAUUUUUAAAGCUUCAGGUGCUAAUAAAGCCGCUGCCCCAAUUACUCUUAAGCAGUGGGGCCACCCACGUGAAACUACAUCUGCUUCUCAACUUAGAUAAACAAUAGGUUGCAGGUGAGGCCCUCGGGGUUGUGUCAAAAUUCCCGAGGCCAUACCUUUUCUUUCAGUGACAAACAAAUUAAAUUCUGACCCUGUGGGCAAGCUCAAAGUGGGAGCUUGUAGGAGAGCAGUCUGAAGAGCCUUAAAAGCCUUUUGAGUAUCUGGAGACCAAACCAGCUUGUCGGUUUGGGCCUGCUGAGUCUCAGCUGUAAGUUUAUAUAAAGGCCGGGAAAGUUCCCCAUAACCUGGAAUCCAAAUGCAACAGUAGCCUGUGAUUCCCCAAAAUCCCCUCAAUUGUCUUAAAGUCAUAGGUAGGGGAUGAUUUAGUAUAGGUUUAAUUCUCUCGGGGCCUAUGGCCCUAGUCCCUUCUGAUACAAUUAGGCCCACAUAUCUAACAGAUUGUUGACAGAGCUGAGCCCUUUCUCUUGAUGCCUAGUAACUGCAGCCUGCCAGAAAGUUUAAGAAAUCUUCUGAGGCUUGUUAACAGGCUUCCUCUGUCUCAGCACAGAGAGAAUAUCAUCUACAUAUUGUAGUACCACUGCUUCAGAGCUUCUUAUCAACCUGCCUAGGAACUGGCUCUCUCAAUACCUGAGUGAGCCUCAGGCCGCAUCAGGCAUCAGCGUUAUCACCAAGCAAGGAAACCUUUGGAAAAUUCAUGCUGUUGUUUAAUCUCUCAGUCGCAUCCGACUGUUUUGCGACCUCAUGGGCUGGAGCCCGCCAGGAUCCUCUGUUCGUGGGAUUUUCCAGGCAAGAACACUGGAGCAGGCUGCCAUUUCCUUCUUCAGGGGAAUCUUCCCAGCCCAGGGAUGGAACCUGCGUCUCCUGCACUGGCAGGUGGGUUCUGUACCACUGAGGCACCAGGGAAGCCCCCUUGGAGAAUGCAUAGGACCUGCCAUAUAGCCGACGCACCCAAGAGUCAUGUUGGUCCUGCUUCUCGGACCCGCUCCAGCUGCCCCCAGCUGCCAGGCACCAGGCACUGUUCUGUAACCGCUUCAUCUUUGUCACAGCCCGAUGUGCUCAGUAGUGUCAACACUCCAGUUUUACAGACGAGGAAACGGGCAGGAGAAGCAAAGUCUCGUGGCCAGCAAGAAGCAGGGCUGGUUGGAAGCCAGGAGGUGCUCAAGUCGGGCCCCUGACCUGUCCUGUCCCCUCCGAAUCCCCGCUCUGGUGCAAAAGUCUCCACUCCUGUGUCCUUGGGCUCCGACCUGAGCUGGGUGGGGGCUGGUGCACACUGGUUUCCUCCCACCCGUGCUCUGCCAUCCUGGAAACGGAGCCUUCGGGAGAUGCUGGCUCCCAGAUAGAUGACGGGCGAACAGAAGGGUCCUCCGCCGCACCCGCUUCGAGUCCCAGAGCCGCCUGCACCUUUGCGACCUGGCGAGCCUCCCUUGGACCUGGGCAGUAUCCCCUGGCUGGGCCACGCCUUGGAGUUUGGAAAAGAUGCUGCCGGCUUCCUCACUAGGAUGAAGGAGAAGCAUGGGGACAUCUUUACUGUGCUGGUGGGCGGCAGGCACGUCACGGUCCUCCUGGAUCCCCACUCCUAUGACGCGGUGGUGUGGGAGCCCCGCAGCAGGCUGGACUUCCACGCUUACGCCGUCUUCCUCAUGGAGAGGAUUUUCGACGUGCAGCUUCCGCAUUAUAACCCUGGUGAUGAAAAGUCCAAGAUGAAACCGACUCUCCUCCACAAAGAACUGCAGGUGCUCACGGAUGCCAUGUAUACCAACCUCUGCACUGUCCUGCUGGGUGACACCAUGGAAGCAGGCAGUGGCUGGCAUGAGAUGGGGCUCCUUGAGUUCUCCUACGGCUUCCUGCUCAGAGCCGGCUACCUGACCCAGUACGGCGUUGAGGCACCGCCGCACACCCAGGAGAGCCAGGCCCAGGACCGCGUCCACUCAGCCGACGUCUUCCACACCUUCCGCCAGCUUGACCUGCUGCUCCCCAAGCUGGCACGUGGCUCCCUGUCAGCGGGGGAUAAGGACCGGGUGGGCAAGGUCAAAGGUCGCCUGUGGAAGCUGUUGUCCCCAGCCAGGCUGGCCAGCAGGGCCCACCGGAGCAGAUGGCUGGAGAGUUACCUGCUGCACCUGGAGGAGAUGGGCGUGUCGGAGGAGAUGCAGGCCCGCGCCCUGGUGCUGCAGCUCUGGGCCACACAGGGGAACAUGGGUCCUGCCGCCUUCUGGCUCCUGCUCUUUCUCCUCAAGAACCCGGAGGCCCUGGCCGCUGUCCGUGGAGAGCUAGAGACUGUCCUCUUGGGAGCAGAGCAGCCCAUUUCACAGAUGACCACCCUCCCACAGAAAGUUUUGGACAGCAUGCCUGUGCUGGACAGCGUGCUGAGUGAGAGCCUCAGGCUCACCGCCGCGCCCUUCAUCACCCGCGAGGUCGUGGCCGACCUGGCCUUGCCCAUGGCGGAUGGGCGGGAAUUCAGCCUGCGACGUGGGGACCGCCUCCUCCUCUUUCCCUUCCUGAGUCCCCAGAAGGACCCUGAGAUCUACACAGACCCGGAGGUAUUUAAAUACAACCGAUUCCUGAACCCUGAUGGAUCAGAGAAGAAAGACUUUUACAAAGAUGGGAAGCGACUGAAGAACUACAGCUUGCCGUGGGGAGCAGGGCAUAACCAGUGCCUGGGGAGGGGUUAUGCCGUCAACAGCAUCAAACAAUUCGUGUUCCUUGUGCUGACGCAGUUUGACCUGGAGCUGAUCACCCCGGACGUGGACAUCCCCGAGUUUGACCUCAGCAGGUACGGCUUCGGGCUGAUGCAGCCGGAACACGACGUGCCUGUCCGUUACCGCAUCCGGCCAUGAGCUCCACACGCCCAGCCUACCCCAUCACCCAACUUCCUAUGCCUGCGUUCAGCCCGGGUGCUGGGCUUUGAACAUCCAACGGUUCCAGCAUUACCCCUUCCCUGCUGUUCUUCAGAAGACUGUGCCUGGGGGUGGUGGAGGGGGGCGGGGGAGGAGAGUGAAGAAAAGACACCAAAAGCUGCACAGAUUAUCUGCGGCAAAGUUCCAACAUGAGACUCUGCUCCCAGCUCCUCCCACCGUUAUGAAAUCCGCUAAAGCUACGGGUGCACGUGCUCAGUUGCUCAGUCAUGUCUGACUCUUUGUGGCCCCACAGCCUAUAGUUUGCCAGGCUUCUCUGUCCACGGAAAUGUUCCAGGCAAGAAUACUGAAGUGGGUUGCCAUUUCCUGCUCCAGGGGAUCUUCCCAACCCAGGGAUCGAACAUGCAUCUCUUGGAUCGCUAGCAUUGGCAGGUGGAUUCUUUAUACUGCACCACCUAAAGCUGCAACAGACAGGGCAAACUAAGAGACCUCCUCACUGCUCUGUCCCCAACCCCCAAGGGACUGCCAUCCAAUGCCCUGGGUGUGGUCCAGGUCAUAAUGAGUCAAAGCAGACGCUGGCCAUAAAAAGGCCAUUCAGGGCCUAGCAGUCCAUCUGUUGAUGUAAACUCUGUCCCUGAACUGUUAUUAAACUACCUAAAGCCAAA